UCCGGAGCCCUCGCGGCGGGCGGCGACCGCUCCCGGCGCGGCUGCAGAUGUCGGACCGGCGGGCGGCCGAGGGGCCGGGCUUCUGGAGCCCCGCGGGCGGCGUCGGGGACGGCCCGGGAGCGGCGGCGGAGGGCCCGGCGGCCGCCUCAGAGAGUGAAGAUCUGGAAAACACCAAGGUCACCUCUCCAGUGGUUUCUGCCCCUGAUCCAGAACCCCAUUCCUCACCUUACAGGCCACAGAUGGUAUCUCCAGUGGGUGAAGAUGUCACAGAAGAUCUGCGGAAGGCAGCUGUGGAGGCUCAGGCCUUGGUGGAACAGGAAUUGUCUGCAGACCAGGGCGAGGUCCUCAACAAGAUGGCCAAGUACCAAGCCCCACAAAGGUCUGGGGACAUCGUGAUGAUCCAGUCUGAGCACACAGGAACUAUAGAUAUUCUCUCAGCGGAUUUGGAAUCUGCGGAUCUUCUGGGGGACCACAGGAAAGUCUCCCCGCCUCUGAUGGCACCUCCCUGCAUCUGGACCCGCGCCAAGAUGAAGGAAUUCAAAAGCAGGCUGGGCAAAGAGAAGAACUGCCGCCUGGUGGUGAGGCGCGGCGAGGUGGUGACCGUCCGGGUACCCACCCAUCCGGAGGGGAAGCGUGUCUGCUGGGAGUUCGCGACGGAUGACUAUGACAUUGGCUUUGGCGUCUACUUUGACUGGACCCCAGUAACCAGCACCGACAUCACCGUGCAGGUCAGCGACUCCAGUGAGGACGAGGAUGAAGACGAGGAAGAGGAGGAAGACAGUGAAGACCCUGUCCCAGUUGGAGAUGUGGAGAGAGGCUCCAGGAGCUCCCUGCGGGGUCGCUAUGGGGAAGUCAUGCCCGUGUACCGGCGGGACAGCCACCGAGACGUGCAGGCUGGCAGCCACGACUACCCCGGGGAGGGCAUCUACCUGCUCAAGUUUGACAACUCCUACUCCCUGCUACGCAACAAGACACUCUACUUUCACGUCUACUACACGAGCUGAAGGUUCACUGGGACGGGAGGCAGGCGGGUCUUGGCUGGCUGGAGCAGGCUGCCCGCUGGCGCCUCUUGCUGCCAAGAGGCCGGAGCUGAAGGUGGAGUGUGUGGCUCCUGGCCCAUGUGCCCUGCCUGACUGUUGACCCCACAUUGCUUUUCCCCUUCUUGGCUUCUGCAGAUGGUGGUGUAGUACCCCUAUUUUGUGGCCCCUGACUCACACUCUUCUUGCUUUGGACUCCAGUCAAAGCUCUCUAUGAAAGAACCUACCAGGCAAAAGCCUGAAAGGAAAUUGGGUGUCAUCUUUUAAAAAUAAGCUUGCUCUGGUGCAAGGUAUAUUAUCCUAGCUGCUGCUCUCUCUUCUCCCAGGGCCUUUAUUGCAUUGAUUGGCACCCACUCUUUUUACUUUCUAAAAGUGCCAGAAGAGAGAAAAGCACAUGGUCUCUGAAAGAACCCAGUAUCUCGGACGGAGAAAGCUCUGUCCAGCCUCACACCACUGCCAUAUUCCCGCCUGCUGGUUCUCUGCGGCCUCUAGCCCAGGCUGGGUGCCCUCACUGCCUUUGGAGGGGUGGUAUUAGUCCUGAUGGCUCGACUCUGCCUCCUCCCCUCCUCUUUUCUGUCCCUGAGUCUGUCAGCCGUCACAGCAAGAGCUCCCAUGCAGUCGAUAGUGAUGACCAGUGUAUCCUAAGAUCUGGGAAGAAAAACGGAUUCCAUAACUUCCUAUGUCGACAGGCGGUUUCCCUCACCCAGGCCUCUGGUGGUCAGAGGGGACGGGAUACAAAUAGUGACUGGAUUGAUCUCAGAUCACACAUUUUUGAAAAUCAAGUGUUACUAAAUUAUUGUUUCUGUAAUCAAAGAAGCAGGCCUGUGAUCUGAGAGAGAAGGUUAUGUAACAGCGACACUCCAGGUUUCCUGCCAUUUCUUUGUCUUUACAGCGGGGUGUUAUUUAGAAGUUUUGCUUUGGAACAAUUCAUUUUCCAAAGCUGCCGGCUUUAGGUUUCUUGCAUGGAGUGUUUCAAGCGUAUGGUGUUCAAGGUCUCAGGAGAGGGGAGAACGACACUCCACUGUUGCUGCUGCUGGAGUUUGUUCUUUCCUAGGCCAAAGCUUUCAUUUCUCUGGCUGUGGCUUUCCACUCUAGCACCCCGACAUCCAGAAGUGCCGCAGGGUGCUGCAGCCAGGCCACCAGAGAUGCGGGGUGUGGGGUCUCGUGCGGUGGAGGAGGCAGAGCAGGGACUGCUGUGGUUGGUGGUCUGUUCUCCUUGCUGCUUUUUCCUUGUUCAAGUCUGUUACUGCCUUAGAAUCAUGAGAAAUAAUUAGAUUUAUUUAUUACUUUAUUUAUUUUUUUUUAGCACAUUUCAUUUUGCCUUUGAAACAGUUUCCGUCUGUUUCUCAGAAGGCUCCCGUCUACUCUGAGCCAUCAAGGCCGCCUCUUGGAUGGAGUUAAAGAUGAGGAUUUUAGGAGCAGUGGGGCGUGAUCGUGUUCCAUUCCUGUAGGUUCAUCCCGGGGUGCUUUGGGAGGAGUCUUUCCCUCCUCGAGGGAUGACUGGCUGUGAAGAAUUCUAGGUUCUGGUGAGGGACUGUCCACUUGCCUAGGAUGGCGUGUGCAGCAGAAGGGACUCGCCAGUUAGCCUAGAUUCCAGGAUUUCAAAGUCCUGGGCCUCCUUUGAGGACUCACCUUCUUCCCAUUCUCCUUCACUGGUCCCUUCCUGUGGGGUGCCUUGCACCAAACCGCCCCUCCCUACAGGAGCAGGGGCUUGAAGAACACAGGGCUCCCUGUGUGGUGGGUAGCCGCUCCUGUGUCGUGAAUGAAGUGCGAGAAGGCAGCACCUUCUGCUCUCUGGGAGCAGAGCCCAGUGGGACAGGGCGCUGGUGCUAUCGCACCCCGUUCUCCGAGCAGCAGCAGACCUCCAUUAUUUCACUCAUGAGAAGAUGUGGUAGAGGGUUACACUGGCCAAAAUGUACAUACCUUGUAAGAAAUGAGAAAUUAGUGGCUGACUGGGCAGCGAAAAGCCAACUGCUGCGUGUCCUCCCAUCAGAGCCGAGGGACCACCCUUUCAUCACGGAUGUCGAAUCAUGCCUUAGCUAAGUGAAUAUAGUCUUUAUAAAACAAUUUUCUACUGGGCUGUUCUCCACUUAGCAAAACCUUGCUUAUUUUUCUUGGUUCUUGUUAACUUCUGACUUUCUUAGAAUGGAGCGGUGAGGCCAUCGGGAGCUCCCUGGGAUAACACUCUUGUUUGUUUUUGCCAUGAAAGUCCCUGUUCCCAUUUUCUUUGGAAUCCUAGUUUUGUUACAUCAGGGAAGCCCGAGGGCCAUGUCCGCACCGCCUCUGUGUGCCUCUUACUGUCUGAUCACUGUUGAGGUCCCGGACACCGCCACAGCGCGUCCCGUAUUGCUGUUUCACUAGCAGUCCGGGUUUCUUUGUUCACGUGAGCACAAAACAGCUAAAAGAAGAUGUUUUCAAUGUCUGAUUCCGUGCACUGUUCUGAAUAUCUGAAAUUGCUGAACUUUAGAGAUAAAAUAUUGUUUACUGAAGCACAGGUAUCCUGAGAAUGUCAUAGCCCAGCAAAUCCUAAGAGGCCCCGUCCCUUGGUCUCUCGCUGUCCAAGCUUAUAGAACCAAACGGAAUGGAAACCAUUCAUGGUCACCUCACCCUGCUCUCGAGAGCACAAAUUAAAUAUUCAGAAGAAAGUGCUUCAUAGUAGAAGGGAGACUGGAAUUUUCUACACAGAAUGGCUGAGUUCUAAAAUUUCUUCCGUUUGUUUAGUGUGGCUACUCUGUUGAGAGAUGGGGCUUUUAAAAUAGGAAGGGCUGUCCAAAGGGUUACUGUUUCCCAAUAAUUUAUUUUGAAAAAUUUUCAGUGAACAGAAAACUUAAAGGGAGCUUACAGUAAAUACCCAAAUGUGGACCCACUGCAUAGGUUUUUAAGUUACAAACAAAGAUUCUAUCAUUUGUUCCUAUUGAAAAGUGUCCCUUGGAGCAUGUGUCCCGCAUAGACCUUGUCUCUCCCGGGCCAGAAGCUCUUAGUUUUUUUGUUUCGUUUUUUUUUAAGCAGACGCGUUUCAGCCAAUGUGAGUUACCUGGGAGUGGUCCUUGUGAAAAUGUUUCUUGUGCUCCAUGUUUCAGAACUCAGGCCUCCUUCAGACCAUGCCUUCUGCUCUUUUCUCGUCAAAGUGAGGGUGAUUGUGAAGCUGUUCCGGAGGCCCCUGUUCUGGCCUCUGCUGCUCAAUGAUACGUCGUCAGGACUCAAGUUAAAACUCAAUCUCCAGACAGUGUGUAGCUUUAUAUUGGAAGUAGAUAGCAACUUGAAAUUAGGCCAUUCUUUACUUAGUUUUUCUUAAUUGAUUCAUGCACUUUAAAAAUAUUUUUAUCUGUUAUUUAGGAAAGAAAAUCUAAGACUUUAAAACAGUAUAUAUUGUCCCUUUAAUAUGUAUAUGGAAAAGUUGAACCUGAAAGUUCACUCUGUUGUAUUAAUCGGUGGGGUUACUGUAAUCAGUGGUUUUUAUUGUAAAACUUAUCAUUUAUAGAAAAUAUCUGAGUUUUAAGUUUUUGAUGAGUCCUAUCCAGUCCCUCUUUGAAAGAAUUAGGUGACUCCCAAACCCUAAAGUCUGUAUUUUUGUAUUUAUUUUUUAAGACCACUUUUCUGCAAAAGGUUGCCUUUUAGCACCAAAGCAUAUGACUCAAAGGUAUGAAGUUGAGUUACCCUAAUAUUUACAUCACAGACUAUUGUUUUAGUGGCAGGUGAGGGGGGGGUAUGAAACAAUUUUGUGCAUCUUGAGAACUGCCUUUUUAAAUUGAUUGAAAGUGAUAAAAUCUGAAUGAAACGCGAGGAAGAGGAAAGCUAUCAUAUGUAUGCCAGAACUUUGCUCAUCUCCCCAUUUUGUUUAGUUUAUUUGUUUGCAUGUCAUUAGUUGACAUUGUUCUUUAAGCCUCACUGUCACACUUAUGUUGAUUGGAAAAAUCCCCAAACGAUCUUGCUGUCUUUCCCAACAGCAUUAGCUUUAGAGUAAGUCUCCUCUGCUGGGUGUGACUGUCACCUGAGGACUGACUUCAUCUCUGAGUUCUCUGGGACAUAGAGUCUUAGGCCUUGACAAAAGAUGGUGCAAUUAGAAAGAUGCCAGGAACAGCUCCGUUUGUGCCACUGUAACCUCCAUAGAUUUUGACCGUGGCCAAGAAAGGCAUGAGUUGGGAAUUCUGACCCGUGACACACAAGAGCCUGAACCCUUGAGUAAGUGUUUAUAACAAGCUGUGCCCCUGUAAUAUGACCCCCUCAUUGGGUACAGGAAUCGCUACCUUCUUUAAUCCAUGUGGGUUGUCAUUCACACAGCAGCCAAUGCAACGCACCAGACAGUUCAUUCUUGUAGAGUGUCUGCUCUAAAAUCUCUGCUGGGUCUUAGAGGUCCACAUCAACCUCUGUACUAGCAUCUUCCCGUGUGGCCAAAAGUGUAGAACUGUAGAAAACCAAAUAUGCUGAAAAAAGGAAGAACACCAACCCUCAAGAAUUUUAGUGGUUGAAAAGACUUGGAAGGUAGUUUUACUUUUUUUUUUUUUUAGUUUUACUUUUUGUGGUUGUUGUGAAGGACAGCUUGUUACGGGAGUUUUGCUCUUUAGAUCAAGUUGUACUCACUUUGUUAUUUGGUCGUGUCUAGGGAACCAUGGUGCAUGAUUCUUCAGGAAUGAGUAGGGAAUGGUUUUCUAAAGCCAAUCACAAGCCUAGUGUUCUCCCACAGCCCUGGGUAUAGAGAGCAUCCAUAUGGCCAACAUCCCGGUCUUCAUGCACAGGAGAUGCUAGCCCUAGGUCCUCCCUCCCACACAGUUGUGAAGCAAGGAGAGUUUGUAGGCUCCCUCCAUUUCUGUCUGAUGCCUUGUUUAUGGUAUUGUUUACACUGGCAGUGUGCUACCCAAGGCCUCUGUUUACACGAUAAAUUAGAAUUAGAUAAUAGUAGAGUUGGUAGAGAAGGCAGUCAAUCCUGGUUGGAAGUAAGGCUGGGGAGGGACUGUGAUGAUUUAUAGUCACAGAUCUGCAUAGCUGGGUAACUCAUGUAAGACUGCAGUGAGAGCUACCUAAGCGAAUGAAGAGGAUGUGGCCAUGCUGCUUUGAAGUGGAUGACAAUUAAUUGAGUUGGAGAAUAGAUAGCAUCUCUGGGAAGCAUACUCUGUCACUGGCUGUGCAGUUUCAGUGUGAGCCUGUGGCUCUUCCAGCGUUCUCAGAGCCUGACUUCAGCGGGUGGUGGAUGGUGACUUUGACAUUCCAUGAAGGAACCCUCCCUGGGAAUUGGCUUCUGGUGGCCUCUUUUCUGGGAUUGGGGCAGGGGACACGCAAGCAAGAACUGUUUUCAUUCAUUUGGUCCUGGCAAUGGUCAGUGACACACCCCUUUGCUGUAACCUUUGGGUAUCCCUUUGACAUCAUCAGUUACUUAGAUCCCUCAGUUAGGGCAGGAUUUGGGACCCAAAAGGCGAGGUAAACUUAGUGAAGUGUUGUAUAGCCGAUUCAGUGCUCUCUGAAGUGUUGCAUUGCUUCUGUCUGGACCAAGAAGGCUGCACAAAGCCCCUUCUGUUUGGUCUCUUGUCACUAGAGAAGAAAACCCAAUGAAUUGCCUAAAGCCUUUAGAGGGGAGUUCAUUUAAAAACAGUCAUUUCCUCAAAAACUUAAGUUCAAAGGCAAGAUACCCACUUUGAAAUUAUUUGUAGUCCUGGUCACUGGUUUGAACUCAUGGUCUGAUUUCUAUUGCAUAUGCUUUAAUUUCUUUUAGGCCCCAGGCAUGUGGACCAGAGUUAAUUUCAAGGCUCUUUUUCAUCCUUUAGAGAUAAGGAGAGUGCCCCAGAAAUCAAGAGACAUGGGUUUCUGUAUUAAAUCCCACAGUUCCCUGUCAGUUUAAGCAGGUAGUUUUGGCUUCUCUAGGGGUGAAAUAUAUGUGAAAUGAUUGCCAGAGGGACAAAGUGUAUUUUCUGUAAGUUCUGAUAAAGGAUCAUGAACAAUUUGAAGGAUUUGGUGUGAAAUGCUGGAAGGGGCUCUUCCUGAACACUUCUCCUCACUCAGGUUUGAAAUGCCUAUAAUGCCUGUCAUGUUACCUGUGAUUGAUUGUUAUUACUGACUUUUAGGUUCAGGCUAAGAAUCAUCUGAAAAACAGUAUCUUAAUUUCCUCCCUUACGUCCUAAACAAUACUUCUGAGAAAUUCCAUAUUAAAAUCUUCUGAGAGUAUUGUCCGUCAACGAAUAUGUUUUCAUUUAAUCAAGUUGAAUUAUUUCUGUUUAGCCAUGUUCAAGAACAAGUAAAGUCUGGAAGAAACAGUCUUGUAACCUAUGACUCUGCUUCACCUGUUUGCCCUUUAAUAGUGGAAGUGUUUUGAUUCCCAGAAGUAAGCUGCGUUAUGAUCAAAGUGGUGGAUUUUAAGAAAACCAGACUUUGGGUAAAGAUCAUUGGCAUGGAGGUGCUAGAGUUUUCUCCAACUACGUCAUGCCAUGUAGCUACGUCUGAAAGGCCUGUUUUGGUGCCAGGAGCUAGAGCUGUCAGUGAUUGAAAGAUGAUCAUGCUUUCUUGCUAAGUAUUUAAGCAACUGGCAACCAGGAAGGCCCUCUUUUCUUAUUGUUCUGUAGACCACACUGAUGCUGACAGUAUAAAAAGGGGUCUGGAAAGGAAACUGCCACAGUUUUUCUUUAAAAUGCAAGAGUAUCCUAACAGUCAUUUGUCACAAUGAACUUGUUUGACAUGUCCCCUAUCAUGGGAACGCUGUUAACAUCCCCUGUGGUUUCUAAGAGCUCUGUACCAAAUUGUUACUUAAUCCUUAUGUCCUGCUGAGUGGUUUUUCUUUUAAAAUACCAUAAUUUGUCACCCGUGACACUGAACUCGUUGCUGUGGUACACAGAUGAUCCUGAGCUAUGGGUCUUCAAGUCUUCAAGCAGCUCAGUCCCUGUGUUUUUAUAUUAUGUAACAAUUUUGUGAUGCUUUUGUGCAUUCUUGGUCUUCUCUUCCGAGUUUUGAAAUCUGUCAUAAAUAAACUUUUUCACUAUGCACCUGAAAUGCUGGAUUUGUAUGUAUUUUUUUU